AUGACACCGAGCAACUCCUUCUCGCCCAACAGCACCCUCGUACAAUCAUCCACCACCAAAUCGCCCCACAAGCACUCUGAAACCAUAUAUUCAAUGGCCUCUUACCAAUCGUUGUCCCUCGACUCGAAAGUCCAAGGUGCCUACGGGCACGAUAAUCUCAUGGGCCUCCAAAUACCCAAUGGGCCAAGGUACCUCAACGACGACCAUCGCACAACGAGUGCCUACUCCUCAUCGUCGAUGCUUGAGUUUGGAUCGUGGGGAGAAAACACCGUCGACAAGGCUUUCAAUCCUCGCAGCCUUACGUCCAACUCAAGCCCCGGUGACUUCAACUCCUUGACACAAGAGAGGCACCAGCAGGGAAAGUCUCGCCAGCCUGUGGCGAUGUCAUCCAAGCCACUGCCAAUCGUGCAAUCGGGGGGGAUGUACGGCAUCCAAGGCGCGUCGUCGUCGUCGUCGCGCGAGUGGACGGAGUAUGAUCCCAUGAUUUCGAUGGGGCCUGGUAGCACGGGGACGAGUGUCUCAUCCGACGACUCCAACAGUGGCCGCGUAGCCAGGCAUUCGACGGCGAUGGGCGACGACACCCUCAAUGUUGUCUCUAAUAUGGCAGUCACCCAAAGCCACCCCCAGAUGCCUCGCGCUCUCCCUGCUGGAAGUGCGCAAGCGGCACAGGCGCAGAGUGCUUCAGCGCCAGUUCCACCGUUGCCGACGGCCGACCAGCCCACUAUUGAGACGAAGCCUGCUCCGAAAGUAAAAACCACUUCGAAGAACAAAGCCGCUCUAAAGGAGAAAACCGCUCCGAGGAGGAAAGCCGAUCCAAAGGACAAACCCGUCCCGAAGGACAAACCCGCUCCAAGGAAGGAACGCGCACCCAGGAGCACUCCCCUACAUGCUGGAAGACAUACGAAAACGGUCAAGGAGACCGGAUUUAUCGUUGAAUAUUCCCCACCUCCCGAGAUUGUCGUCGCACCCCCGCAAGCCGUCCUGCCUUCCCAGAUGCCAGUUCGCCGAUGGGUGGACUCCCAGGUCAAACAGGGAAGGCCUGUCAAGGUGCCCUUGCCGAAAGUCGAAUACGGGCAGCAAUUGGAGGAGUGGGACAUAGGCUCACCCGUGGAGCAAGGGACGGGGGAACGCGGAGAAGGGAACGCGGCGGCGGAUACGAAGGGGGCGACUUCAUCUGCGUCCUCGGGCGGGAAGAGGAAGAGGGGGAGGAACGAGGUGGAGGAUGGGGAGGAAGACAACGUUGGACCGAAGGGGAAGAAGAGGCGGUCGAACGCACCACGAGGGGGGACGGCUGGAAGAAAAGUGGCCGCUGCGGCGGUACACCAACCAGAGCCAAAGCCCCUCAACAAUUAA